CUCCAGCCGGGAUGACUGAGGUUGUUUGCAACGACCAUCUGGGGAAGAAGGUCCAUGUUAAAUGCAACACUGAUGACACCACUGGGGACCUUAAGAAGCUGAUUGCAGCCCAAACUGGUACCUGUUUGAACAAGAUUGUCCUUAAGAAGUGGUACAUGGUUUUUAUGGACCAUGUGUCUCUAGGGGACUAUGAAAUCCAUGAUGGAAUGAACUUGGAGCUUUAUUACCAAUACAGCAGACUUCCUUUCUCCGGCUCUACUGUUCUUUUCUCCCACACUGGUGUGGAGGCUUGUUUUUAA